GAUUAACUCGGCCUGGCGCCUGUUAACGCGCGCUUCGGGAAGAGGAAGGUUGAGGGACUUCUGCGUGUACCUCUGUCAGUCUCGGCCGCUCUCUUAGCACCUCCAGUGUUUUACUACUCCUUCCUGGAUCCGAAUAUCUUCCUCAGUCCAGACUGGCAUCCUCUCCCCCGCCCUGGGAAAUCCACCUCCGGUUUCAGAAGACUCUCCCCCGUUAACCUCAUUUCUCUUCCCUACUACGAUUUCCCACCCCUCUACCUGUACCUGUCCCCCCUCUUCACCUUCCUGAGAUCAUUAUUCCUACUUAACCCUGUCCCCCCAGUCCUACACUUAAUUGUCUCUGCCGUAACUUUUCCUCUUUGACUUCGUCUCUUGCCUUGGCUCACUGGCGACCGACAUUUUCAGUUUGGACCCAUUCCCAUCCCCUGGCUAGAUUCUCCAUCGAUAGUUCCUCUUUAAUUAUCCCAUCUUCUCCAUGAUGUAGCAGUGCUCUCAAUACACACCCUGGUCCGGCAUCCUCUGUGGCUGAGUGCUUUCAAUCUUUAACCCAUGGGUACUUAACAUAUUCUGCUUCUGAGUCCAGGAUGAGAAGGAGCUUAGCUCCCAGCCAGUUGGCCAAGAGAAAAUCAGAGGGUAGGUCCUCUGAUGAUGAAGAUUGGCAGCCUGAGACAAUGACUCCUAAGAAACGGAAAUCCAGCAGUGAGACUCCGAUCCAAGAGUGUUUCCUAUCUCCUUUUCGGAAACCUUUGACUCAGCUAACCAAUCGACCACCCUGUUUGGAUAGCAGUCAACAUGAGGCGUUUAUUCGAAGCAUUUUGUCAAAGCCUUUUAAAGUUCCCAUUCCAAAUUAUCAAGGUCCUCUGGGCUCUCGGGCAUUGGGCCUGAAAAGGGCUGGGGUCCGCCGAGCUCUCCAUGACCCCUUGGAAGAAGGUGCCUUGGUUCUGUAUGAGCCUCCCCCAUUGAGUGCUCAUGACCAGUUGAAGCUUGACAAGGAAAAGUUCCCUGUCCAUGUGGUUGUUGAUCCUGUUCUCAGUAAGGUUUUGCGGCCUCAUCAGAGAGAGGGUGUGAAGUUCCUGUGGGAAUGUGUCACCAGUCGGCGCAUCCCUGGUAGCCACGGCUGCAUUAUGGCUGAUGAGAUGGGCUUGGGAAAGACACUGCAGUGUAUCACGUUGAUGUGGACACUUUUGCGCCAGAGUCCAGAGUGCAAGCCAGAAAUUGACAAAGCAGUGGUGGUGUCACCCUCCAGCCUGGUGAAGAACUGGUACAAUGAGGUUGGGAAGUGGCUUGGAGGAAGGAUCCAACCUCUGGCUAUCGAUGGAGGAUCUAAGGAUGAGAUAGACCAGAAGCUGGAAGGAUUCAUGAACCAGCGUGGAGCCAGAGUUCCUUCUCCCAUCCUUAUCAUUUCCUAUGAGACCUUCCGUCUUCAUGUUGGAGUCCUUCAGAAAGGAAGUGUUGGACUGGUCAUAUGUGAUGAGGGACAUAGGCUCAAGAACUCUGAGAAUCAAACUUAUCAGGCCCUGGACAGUUUGAACACCAGCCGGCGCGUGCUCAUAUCUGGGACCCCCAUCCAGAACGAUCUGCUUGAAUAUUUUAGCUUGGUUCACUUUGUUAAUUCAGGCAUCCUGGGGACUGCCCAGGAGUUCAAGAAGCAUUUUGAGUUACCAAUUUUGAAGAGUCGAGAUGCAAAUGCCAGUGAGGCAGAUAGGCAGCUAGGAGAAGAGCGGCUGCAGGAGCUCAUCAGCAUUGUGAACAGGUGUCUGAUACGGAGGACAUCUGAUAUCCUUUCUAAAUAUCUGCCUGUGAAGAUUGAGCAAGUGGUUUGUUGCAGGCUUACAUCCCUUCAGACUGAGUUAUACAAGAAAUUUCUGAGACAAGCCAAGCCAGCAGAAGAACUGCGUGAAGGCAAGAUGAGUGUGUCUUCCCUUUCUUCCAUCACGUCACUAAAGAAGCUUUGUAAUCAUCCAGGUCUAAUCUAUGACAAGUGUGUAGAAGAGGAGGAUGGCUUUGAGGGGGCCUUGGACAUCUUUCCCCCUGGUUAUAGUUCUAAGGCUCUAGAACCACAGCUCUCAGGUAAGAUGUUGGUCCUUGAUUACAUUCUGGCGGUGACUCGAAGUCGCAGCAGUGACAAAGUAGUGCUGGUGUCCAAUUACACCCAGACACUGGAUCUCUUUGAGAAGCUCUGCCGAGCCCGAAGGUACUUGUAUGUCCGCCUGGAUGGCACGAUGUCCAUUAAGAAGCGAGCCAAGAUUGUGGAACGCUUCAAUAGCCCCUCGAGCCCUGAGUUUGUCUUCAUGCUGAGCAGCAAGGCUGGGGGCUGUGGUCUCAAUCUUAUUGGGGCCAACCGGCUGGUCAUGUUUGACCCUGACUGGAACCCAGCAAACGAUGAACAAGCCAUGGCCCGGGUUUGGCGCGAUGGUCAAAAGAAGACCUGCUAUAUCUAUCGCCUGCUGUCUGCAGGAACCAUUGAGGAGAAGAUCUUCCAGCGGCAGAGCCACAAGAAGGCACUAAGUAGCUGUGUGGUUGAUGAAGAGCAGAAUGUAGAGCGGCACUUCUCUCUGGGCGAGCUGAAGGAGCUAUUUACUCUGGAUGAGACUAGCCUUAGUGAUACACAUGACAGGCUUCAUUGUCGCCGAUGUGUCAAUAGCCGUCAGGUCUGGCCACCCCCUGAUGGUUCUGACUGCACUUCAGACCUCGCUCAGUGGAACCACAACACUGAUAAGCAAGGUCUGCAGGAUGAGGUACUCCAGGCUGCCUGGGAUGCUGCCUCCACAAGCAUCACCUUUGUCUUCCACCAGCGUUCCCAUGAAGAACAGCGAGGGCUUCAUUCAUGACCAUCUGAUCCAAGUGUAGCUGUUAGAGGAAAGAUACAGGGAAAGGGGUUCCCUGUCCCACCAUACCCUGCUGAAUUUUGUUCUCUGGGAGAAAAACAUCAAGAAGGGCUGCAUGAUGUUUGCCCAAAAUUUAUUUUAUAAGAAAAACUUUUUUUGGUUAAAAAAAAGAAAAGAAUAAAGGUAUGAAAGGGACUGAGGCCUGAGAGCAGUGUGGUAAGCCCAGAAGGAAAGAGGCCUGGUAGUGGGCACGCCUACACUUCUCUAAAGCCUAUGUGCCUGCUUGAGGAGGGGAGGCGGGAACCUAGGGCAAGGGGAGGGAAUUGUCUUCAGUGACAAUGAUGACCACUGUGACCACCUGGCCCAGGGUUCCCAGAGGACUGAGUAAGGGGCCCAAAGGCUUCUAAGCCCAACUGUGGGAAUGCCUUAGCUGGGCAAUACCAAGGCCUCCAGGACCUCAGUGCAAGGGAAAAUGGAAAAAGAGGAAAAAGGUGACAGAAAGAGAAAGAUAGAAUUGAUGGU